AUGCUGCCAAAGCGCAAGAGUCCGAGAACGCCGCGCGCGGCGCCGCCAGGUAAGUUGAUCAAAUGCGGCAACUCGGCCCGAGGUUCGCUUCUCAAUUCAGCCACUGGCAACGUUCUCUCGCAUCUGCACUUGAUUCUUGCCUUCAUGAGGCUCGAUCGCGCGUUGUCGACUCCCAUUCACAAUCUCCCCGUGGAGACACUAUCUCAAAUCUUCGUUUGCUUACUCACUGCAAGGGAUGCCUCCACCACGUUCCCUCUUAUACUGCGACGGGUAUGCAAGCGCUGGCGUGCCGUCGCGGAGCAAACGCCCGAUAUCUGGACCACACUAGUCACAGGACACGGCAUAGAAUGGACACGUCGUUCACUGGAUUUCUCCAAGAAAACGCCUCUGGAUGUUACCUUGCAUUCGCAAGGCUCAGCCGUGCAGCGUAUUGAAUUGGAGACACUCAUCCUUUCCCGCUUGUAUCACAUCCGCACCCUGGUCUUUACUGCCACUGCCGUUCCUUCUGAGGUUGCAAGACUCUUUCAAGCUCCUGCUCCGCUACUUCAGAAGUUGUCCAUCAAUGGCGAAUGGGCCAGACCAUCGUUGGAUCUCGGCGCGUCAUUCGUCCACACCCCUCCACCUCAACUUACGCACCUGAGGUUGGCCUACGCGAGGGUACCAUCAACCUGCCCUAUAUUCCAAGCACCUCUCACGCAUCUGCGCUUGAUACACUGCCACGUCUGGGACAGUGUCGAUAGUUUCAUCGACACGUUGACGAGCCUUCCGCAGCUUGAGAGCUUCUCUACGGAACUAGCCCUUGAGGACAUGAGUCGCCAGCACGACUCAGACUCCUCCUCUUCCCCUUCCGAAGAGCAUUGUGGGGAGCGUCUAGCUAUGGCACGGCUGCGAGCCAUCAGACUAGAAGAGACUAUAGAUGACCUUCGUGUCAUCAUGCCCCGGUUGACGCUCCCCAGAGACUGCGAAGUCUACCUCGCACCUCUGCUCUUUGAUGUUGAUUUCGACCUGGAUGACCUACUCGCCUCCCUCGACACCAUCUGCAAACCACAUCUUGCUGCAUCAUUCCAGGCCGGUGAUAACAUGGACCUGACGCCUCGCGGGUUCAAUAGGAUGGAGAUCUUGGAGCAUGAGAAGGAGUACCGCGGUUGUAAUCCUUUUACUGUGACGUGGACGACAACGCUCAAUGAUACCGGUCACGACGACAUGCGAUUCAGGCUCGCUGUCAUUAUCGAGCAUGAUGAUCUUUUGUCCGAAAUAGUCCGACACGCCCUCGAACACUGGCCAGGCACCUCCACUUGCAUCUCGCAUCUUUACCUCAGCCACGACAGUAUCUUCAGCGAGCCAGGGUCGUUGACCAACGCUCUCGAACACCUUGGCGCUGUGACCGAUCUUGAUGCGGAAGGAUGUGCUGCAAGGCAGCUUCUAGAAACGUUGUAUGAGAGCGAAGGUCUUAUCCCCGGACUAGAGAGCCUCACGCUUCGGAAUCUCAGGCUAACCGACUCCGCCUACCAGGCUUGCAUCAGUGAGAUGGAGGCAAGGCGGGUGGAGAUACGCGAUCCAGAAAUGCGCAUCCCGCGCAAGCUCACACUCGUGAACUGUACUGUCAUGGGGAAAGCGCUGACACGGAUGGACGUCGUCUUGAGUGAGGAUGCGUCGGGAGAAGAUGAGGAGGAGGGCAGUUCGGAAGAGGAUUGGUAG